UUAGGCAGUGCUUCAGUUUAAAUCGAACUAGUAACAUUUGCUUACAAUUUACGGUGAAUAAGCUACACUGAAAUUACUGACUCAGCUGGCUAGAAUGCAAACAGUCAUAAAAAUAACAUUGCUAAUUGCAGCAGCUGUUGCAAAUUGUUGCCUGGGGAGCGCUAACAAAGAAAAAUAUCAUGACAUAGAUCCUGGCAAGCCGCUGUUUCUGACGACUCUCAUAAGGAAUGCAACAGUAUCGAGGCAGCAGAUUAAGAACUUUGCGCGGGUCAACGGCUCACAGUUUCUUGGAGUUGAGAGCUAUGCGGGCUAUCUAACAGUUGAAGAGAAAUACAAUUCCAGCUUAUAUUUCUGGUAUUUCCCUGCUGAGCAGAAUGCAGACAAGGCACCCGUAGUGCUGUGGCUCCAGGGCGGUCCUGGCUCAUCCUCACUCAUAGGACUUUUUAUCGAAAACGGCCCACUACAGAUAAACGAGCAAGGAAAACUGGAGAAAAGAAACUAUACGUGGAGUACGAAUCACAACAUAAUAUAUGUGGAUAAUCCUGUAGGGACCGGAUUCAGCACAACCGAUCACUGCCACGGAUAUGCACGUAAUCAAGUCGAUGUUGCCGUCAAUUUGUAUGAGGCAAUUACACAACUCUAUGAGCUGUUUGAAUGGAAAAACUCUUCAGGAUUUUGGAUUACCGGCGAGUCCUAUGCUGGCAAAUACGUCCCCGCAUUGGCCUACUACAUGCAUAAAAUGCAGACUACAACGGAGUGCAAAAUACGCAUUCCACUUAAGGGCGUGGCCAUUGGCAAUGGACUGUCAGAUCCGUUGAAUCAACUUAAGUAUGGUGACUACUUAUAUCAGUUGGGCUUCAUAGAUGACAACGGUUUGUAUAAAUUUCAUAGUGCAGAGGAAUCUGCCGAAAUCUGUAUUCAAUCUGGUAACAUGGAGUGUGCAUUUGAAAUAUUUGAUUCACUUAUUCUGGGAGACUUACCCGCUGGCUCGCUUUAUAAAAAUCUAACGGGCUUUAAAUCAUACUACAAUUACUUGAAGGCUGACGAUGAACUCGCGGUGCUUGUAAAUAGAAUGAAAGUUUUUCUUCAGGCCAAUGCAACUCGUCGCGCGAUUCAUGUAGGCAACAUGCUCUUCCAUGAUACGGACAAGGUGAACAAAGUCAAGAAGCAUCUAAGGAAAGAUUAUAUGGAUACAGUGGCACCACUUGUGGAGGAGAUUUUAAAGUAUUAUACCGUAUGCGUGUAUAGCGGACAGUUGGAUGUUAUUGUACCCUACACCCUUUCGCUUGGCUAUUUGAAAUUGUUGGAUUUUCCCGGCGCUGAACGCUAUAGAACAGCUGCACGUAAAAUCUGGCGUAUGGAUGGCGAUAUUGUUGGUUAUUUUAAGGAAGCUGGUCGUUUAAUUGAAAUAAUGAUUCGCAAUGCUGGACAUCUGGCACCUUAUGACCAACCGAAAGUACUCUACGAAAUGAUUACUCGUUUGACUCAUAACUAUUAGCAGUAGAAAACCAAAAUAUAUCAAUAAACAGC